CCGGCGUUCUUUCAUUGCGUCUCGUAUCGUAGGCUAGUCCUUAAAUUUACAUCCCCCCAUUUGCUUAAACAUUGUUAAAGAUGGGUAGGGAGGACAAAGCUACCUGGAAAGCAGGAUACUUCAGCAAGUUAAUCCAACUUUUGGAUGACUAUCCAAAAUGCUUCAUUGUUGGAGCCGACAAUGUUGGUUCAAAGCAGAUGCAGCAGAUUCGUAUGUCUCUGCGAGGUACUGCCGUUGUUCUCAUGGGUAAGAACACCAUGAUGAGAAAGGCCAUCCGUGGACAUCUUGAGCGUAAUCCAGCUCUUGAGAAACUCUUGCCUCACAUCAAGGGUAACGUAGGGUUCGUCUUUACUCGUGGAGACCUUGUCGAAGUUAGAGACAAACUUCUCGAGAACAAAGUCAGAGCCCCAGCUAGGGCUGGAGCUAUUGCUCCAUUGAGCGUCAUCAUCCCUGCUCAGAACACUGGAUUGGGUCCAGAAAAGACCUCCUUCUUCCAAGCUUUGAGCAUCCCAACCAAGAUUUCCAAGGGUACUAUUGAAAUCAUCAAUGAUGUGCACAUCUUGAAACCCGGUGACAAAGUUGGAGCUUCUGAAGCUACACUUUUGAACAUGUUGAACAUCUCUCCAUUCUCAUAUGGUUUGAUCGUUGAACAAGUGUACGACUCAGGAACCAUCUUCGCUCCUGAAAUCUUGGACAUCAAGCCAGAAGAUCUUCGCGAGAAGUUCAUGGCUGGAGUUGCCAACUUGGCCUCCGUUUGCUUGUCCAUUGGCUAUCCCACCAUUGCCAGUGCUCCUCACAGCAUUGCUAACGGAUUCAAGAAUCUGUUGGCUGUUGCUGCUGUUACUGAUGUCGAGUUUGCUGAAGCAGCUACCAUCAAAGAGUACAUCAAGGACCCAAGCAAAUUCGCUGCUGUCGCCGCUGCUCCAGCUGCUGCAGCUGCUCCAGUUGAGGAAAAGAAAGAAGAGAAGAAGGAAGAGUCUGAAUCUGAAGACGAAGACAUGGGCUUCGGUCUUUUCGAUUAGACACUGCAUUGCCUUGCAUUGAAUAAAUAUAAUUUGCAAUUGCAUUAUUGCUUGAAAUCAACUACCAAUAAAGCUUAAUGCUUUGAUAAAAAAUUAAA